GCAGACAUGUGACCAGAAGUGAUGUCAUCCUCACAGUGAACUGUCUGUUUAGUGAGGAAGGACUACUGAAAUGUCCUCACAAUGAAGCAGCUGUCAAACAUAUCCUCAAGAGGCUGGCACCUACUGGUAUACUAGGAAUUAAAGAGAAGAGGCAGCAAAACAUGUCUGACAGCCCGCCACUGAAGAGACAGAACACCUCAGAGGACUCGGGUUGCCGUGCUGGAGGACUGGCUGGUUCCAACAGGAAGUCAGAGGACUCUGGCUUCAGUGCUGAAGGACUGGCUAGUCCGAACAGGAAGUCAGAGGACUCUGGUUUCAGGGCUGGAGGACUGGCUGGUUCCAACAGGAAGUCAGAGGACUCUGGCUUCAGUGCUGAAGGACUGGCUGGUCCGAACAGGAAGUCAGAGGACUCUGGCUUCAGUGCUGAAGGACUGGCUGGUCCGAACAGGAAGUCAGAGGACUCUGGUUUCAGGGCUGGAGGACUGGCUGGUCUGAACAGGAAGUCAGAGGACUCUGGUUUCAGGGCUGGAGGACUGGCUGGUCUGAACAGGAAGUCAGAGGACUCUGGUUUCAGGGCUGGAGGACUGGCUGGUUCCAACAGGAAGUCAGAGGACUCUGGCUUCAGUGCUGAAGGACUGGCUGGUCUGAACAGGAAGUCAGAGGACUCUGGUUUCAGGGCUGGAGGACUGGCUGGUCUGAACAGGAAGUCAGAGGACUCUGGUUUCAGGGCUGGAGGACUGGCUGGUCUGAACAGGAAGUCAGAGGACUCUGGUUUCAGGGCUGGAGGACUGGCUGGUUCCAACAUGAAGUCAGAGGACUCUGGUUUCAGGGCUGGAGGACUGGGUGGUCUGAACAGGAAGUAAGAGGACUUCUAAUAGAUAGAUAUAACAGGGGUGUUAGGUUGAAUAAAGAGGGACUUAACAUUCACACAUUAUUCACAAAAAAUGGGAAGAUUGAACUCAGACAGUAAACCAAUUUGAGACAUAAUUAAACUUGCAUAUAAACUUAAGAAACUCCUUUUUAUUCCUCUUCAUUUUCUGUGUAAUACAUAAUUAUGGUUAAUUUGUUUCAAUACAUUUCCAGGAAACACCUAGAGUUAACUUUUUCAGUUUUGUGUUCUACACAUCCUUUUUGUUUAGUCAUUUCUGGUUUACAAAAAUAUGUAUAAUUAUGCAUUUGUAUUGUCUGUAACUCCAACCCCCAUAUUUGAAUACUUCAUGUACCAUAAGAUACACUUCUUGUCCUCCUAGAACCUGCUAUAGUAGCCUGUGAGAAUUCAGAGACAAAUAAAACUGGUUCAUAUCUUUCUCCACAAGAUGGCAGGAAAGACCUGGUAAUCUGGUUCCCAUCAAAAGAGGAGUCUUACAGUAAUAAUAGCAAGAAUGUAAAAAUAAGUUUGAACAUGAUUAUAGUAUACCUAUGCUGUGCAUGUGCAAGUUAUGUGUUUUUUUCCUCAUUUGAAAGGAAGGGUCUGCCUUUUUUCAAGAGUAUUCUGCACGAAAAUAAUUGAUAUAGUAAGCAUUACAUUUUAUAAUUAUUUGAAAAGAUCACUGCCUUAAAACAUGAAUGUUGUUUUUACAUAUUAAAAUAAAAUUUAGAUUUAUAGUGA